CAUCCAUUGUUUUCCCCAAACCAGGAUUGCCCAUUUCCAAGGCCUGGGAGGCUGUGAGGAAGAGGAAGAUGCCCCGGGACACUGAGGCAGAGCAGGAGCUGAGCAUGGAGAGCAGGGAGGACAAAUGCCCGCGGCAGAACCUGGUGGAAGAGGCCGUUUUGAGCGGCUCCACGGCGCAGGAAGCCAACGGGGAGGAAAAGCCCCGGAGAUGCCGCAUGAGGAGGGGCUGCAAACGCAGCCGGCGGGGAUCUGAGGGGGAAAGAGCCAGCCUGGGCCGGGAAGGCGGCCGGAGACGGAGCCAGAGCUCGGAGCUGGUGCUCCAUGAGCAGCUCCAUGAUGGGGAGAAACCCCACACGUGCGAGGAGUGUGGGAAGAGCUUCAGGUGGAACUGCCACCUGAUUGUGCACCAGAGGAUCCACACUGGGGAGAGGCCCUACGAGUGUGGGGAGUGUGGGAAGAGCUUCAACCGGAGCUCCCACUUAAUCAUACACCACAGGACCCACACUGGGGAGAAGCCCUUUGAGUGUGGGGGGUGUGGGAUGUGCUUCACAGACAGCUCCAACCUGAUCAGGCACCAGAGGACCCACACUGGGGAGAGGCCCUAUGAGUGUUCCAAGUGUGGGAAGAGGUUUAAGACCAGCUCCGAUCUCCUCCUGCACUAUCAGACUCACACAGAAGAGAGGCCCUUCCAAUGCCCCAACUGCGGGAAGGGAUUCAAGCGCAACUGCACCCUCAUCAGACACCGGCGCAUCCACACUGGGGAGAGGCCCUACGAGUGUCCCCAGUGUGGGAAGAGCUUCUCACAGAGCUCUCACUUGACCCAACACCAACGGAGGCACCGGUAA